GGCAGAGGAUUGAAAUAUGAGUAAACCUUAGUCAUAUAUACAGCAUUCUCUUAUCCAAUUUCCAGGUUGAAAACGUGAAAAUGAAAAUGACAAAAGUGAUUAUCUCUUUCUCAUUCCCUUUCCUUUAUCUUCUUCUUCUUCUAUCCCCCUGCGUCCGCGCCAAUCCCCUAGUACCUGCACUCUACGUGUUUGGGGACUCCUUGUUGGACAGUGGUAAUAACAAUUUUCUGCCAACAAUGGCAAAAGCAAAUUUCUUUCCCUAUGGUUCAAAUUUCGCUGGUGAAACGGCCACUGGAAGAUUCACCAAUGGAAGAACUGUUGCAGAUUUUAUAGCUGAAUUUCUUGGAUUGCCAUAUUCUCCACCAUUCAUGAGUAUUGAAGGUCCUAGGUCGGUAACUGGAGUGAAUUAUGCUUCAGGCUCUUGUGGAAUUCUACCAGAGACUGGAAAAUUUUUCGGGAAAUGCUUGAACUUGAAGGAACAAAUUGACUUAUUUGAAAGGACAGUCAGCAGGGAAUUGCCCAACAAUCUAGAAAACCCAACUCUGUUAUUUGAGCAUUUAUCAAAAUCUAUAUACCUAGUCUCUAUAGGGAGCAAUGACUACAUUAACAACUACCUUCAAACAAAUUUAUAUGAUACAAGUGAGCGCUACCAGCCUGAUCCCUAUGCUCAACUCCUCAUUGACACAUUAUCACAGCUACUUGAGAGAUUAUACAAGUUGGGAGCCAGGAAGAUAGUAAUUUUUGAGGUUGGACCUGUGGGGUGCAUCCCAUCAGUGUCAAAGACACAUCCACAUAAAGGGUUCUGCAAUGAGGAAUCAAACCAAUUUGUGUCAUACUUCAACAAGAGGCUGGCAACAAUGGCAAAAGAUUUGACAUCUAGACUUCGAAGCUCCACAUUUGUUAUUGGUCAUACCAACUCCGGAGGCUAUGAUGUAAUAAACAAUCCAACAAAACAUGGUCUAACGGAUGGAAGCAAUCCAUGUUGCACCACUUGGAAGAAUGAGACUUCAGCAUGUAUCCCUGAUUUAGAACCAUGCAAGGACCCAAACAAGCAUGUUUUUUGGGAUGCUUUUCAUCUCACAGAAACAGUAUAUUCAAUCGUAGCAUCUAGAUGUGUUCGAGAUAAAACGAUGUGUACACCAAUGAGCAUUCAGGAGUUGGUCAAAAUGUAAAUGGUAAUCAUCAUACCAAAAACCAAUGUAUAAAAUGUUUAUAUUAUAUUAGAAUUUGGGAUGUGUAACCCAAUUCAAAAAAUAGCUCAAAUAUUGAGGAUUUUUAUUCCCACUUAUAAACACUUUAGCAGUUAUGUCUUUAGUUAAUGUAGGACUCAACACCUCCUUCACGUGCAGGACAUCUAGAGCAUAAAGGUCAAUGAUCAUUGCCCAUAUUCUUGUUCAUCAUGGGAUGAAAAGACCCGUUUAAUAUUAGUAUGGUUUUAAUUAUUAAAGUUGUCACUAUUAUUAUAUAUAAAAGAGAUAAGGCAUAAAAAAAAAGGGGGAAUAUGAAGUUAAUCUGGUUUGGAAAGGCACGUAGCCCACCUCAUGGGUUUUUUAUAAAAAAAAAGUUAUAAACAAAUACCCUAAUUGGUUAAAGAAAACAAUUAACCCCACUCUUGUUACUUUUCUCUUCCAGCCGUAACUCCAUUCUCUUCCUCGACAAUUUCCUCCCAUGCCUUUGAGACAACUCGUCCUUCUCCUUUCUCUUAUUCCAAUCAUCCCUCCUUCCCAAAAAUCACUACAAAUCCCUCUGUAGCAUACACACUCAGGAACGAAUUGUGGCACUCAAUUGCAAAGGCACUUGGUUAAUUUCUGGGGUUUAAGAUUGGUGCUUUAAGGAAGGAAGGGAGUGCCCACCUGUCAAGGUUUCUCUGUUAAUUGCAUUGAGGGUUGGAAUAUGUUCUUGGUGUUCAGAUUUGCCAGGCGUAGGUUCGUUUGCGCGUCGCGGAACUGUUGAGGACGGUCCAAUUAUUUCGUCAUAGCUAUUCACAGGCAACUAAGUAGUAAGUUGGUAUCAGAUUCAGAUCGUUCAAUUUAUCUUAUUGGUAGGCCUCCUUUGGUUGGUGGCUCGAUUGGUGACUUUUAUUUGAUUCUAGUUAUCUGCAGCUAUAGGGAGUCUUAGAAGGAUUUGGAUUUAAGAUUGUUAUUUACUGUUUUAUUGUAAAAGUUGCACUUGAGUGCAAAAAUUGAAAAUUUUCUUUUAAUGAAAGUAUGAAAAUGGAGAUCAUUAUUUGACAA